AUGGAGCAGCGCCGCUCCUCAUUCAGUCACCCACUGACAAAUAUCGACGCUACGCCUGUCGUCCUUCGCCGGACCAGUUCCAUGACCCAAGCAGCAAGAGUGAAGGGGAGAUUGAAAGUGCCGGCAUUCAUCGCAUUGAAGGCUAGUCCAGCUAGCCCUGCCUUUACCGCUUGCAGUAUUCACAUUGCAGAGUCUCCAAGGCUGAACACAGUGUACGAGAGCCCAGCUGAGCGGUUCAGACCCGUUGAGCGUCGUGCUUCAAGACAGUUUGCGCACACUGUACAGUCAGAUCACGGGACCUACCAGAUGCUCUGGGACGAUCCUGAUCCAUCGACCGCAUCCAGCAUCGUCACGCUCCUCGUCGACCCUGGCUUGAACGUCAUCGUCACAGAUGAUUGGAGUUCACUACGGCAUAACGAACCACAUGACGGUAUACCGCUUGGUGAGGUGAGAACGAAGCUGGCGAUCUGGAACUGGGAGAGGGAGAUUGCAGAUGACGCCAGCGAUGAAAGUUCAAGGUCACUGCCGUUACUACCACUGAACGAUGCUGAACAGCAGCAGCGCAAAUGGCUCUCCGACCAUUCACCUGGAAUUGAGGAUCCUCCUGCACCGCCCAACACAGGAAGGUCAUCUGCAAGGCACUCCGGCCAAUACACGCCUGCUGCCGAAGAAAGUGAGGAGGAAGAAUCCGAAGACUCGCCUAUUGAGCUCAAUGUAAGAGCCGUCCUCGCAGAGAAGCCUCAUCACAGCACUCAACCAACACCGAGAGCGACGACACCUUCGAAUGAUUAUCUGAGCGUGCCACGGCAUCGAAGCAGCCUUCCUGCUUCUCCAUCCAUCAACCGCGAUCUCUGGAGUUUGCCAUCCGAAGACAUCAAAUUCCGCUCCCAUCGCGACUCGGUCGAGAUCACAGCAGGCUACAUCCGACGACGUGAAAUGGAGGGAAAGAUCAACCAGGAGCUCAUGACUGGGCACAAGGACUCUUUCAUCCUGACCAAGGACAAGUUUGCAUCCAAAUACGCGACGAAGAUGCCGGCUUCGACGCAUGUGACCGUGCCUUGGAAUCGGAGGUUUGGAGGCGCGUUGAGCCCGAUUCUGGAUAUGAGUCCACCGAGUUCCAAUUCUGGUGGUCUCUGGGCAUCGUUGGGUGAGACUGCGAGGUUACCAGAACCUGCUAUGCAAGUACCGGAGGUAGAAGCCCGGGAUGAUGAGCGAUAUCAUCCGGAUGAGCAUCAGAAUUGUCCCAUCUGUGAGGAGCAUCGGCCCAGAUGGUUCGAGGCCAACUGUCGCGGGGGAAGACUUGGAUUCAAGGAGUGA